AUGCUGGCACUGUGUCUGCUGUCCCUGGCCUGGCUCAGCGAGGGCUCCCAGCGCAGCGAGCCCAUGUUCACAGCCGUCACCCACCGCCUCCUCCCACCUGACUACGACAGCAACCCCACGCAGCUCAACUAUGGUGUGGCUGUCACCGACCUGGAUGCUGAUGGUGACUUUGAGAUCGUGGUGGCAGGGUACAAUGGCCCUAACCUGGUGCUGAAGUAUGACAAGGCGCGGAGGCGGCUGGUGAACGUGGCAGAGGACGAGCGGGGUUCCCCUUACUACGCGCGGCGGGACCGUCAGGGUAACGCCAGCGGCGUGACAGCCUGUGACAUCGAUGGGGAUGGCCGCGAGGAAAUCUCCUUCCUCAACGCCAACAGCGCCUUCUCCGGCAUGGCCACCUACACAGACAAGCUGUUCAAGCUCCGCAAUGGGCGCUGGGAGGACAUCCUGAGCGAUGAGGUGAACCGGGACGUGGCCAGCCGCUUCGCUGGCCGCUCCGUUGCCUGCGUGGACCGGACGGGCUCCGGCAGGUAUUCCAUCUACAUCGCCAACUACGCCAGCGGCAACGUGGGCCCCCAUGCCCUGAUUGAGAUGGACGUGGCUGCCAGUGACCCUGCCCGUGGUGUCAUCGUGCUGGUGGACGUGGCUGCCCAGGCUGGCGUCAGCAAGUACACAGGGGGCCGUGGGGUGGCUGUGGGCCCCAUCCUGAGCGACAGUGCGUCUGACAUAUUCUGCGGUAAUGAGAACAGCCCCAAUUUCCUCUUCCGCAACUGGGGGGACGGGACAUACCGGGAUGUGGCCGGCUCCCCAGGGCUGGAUGACCCCUACCAGCACGGACGUGGCGUAGCGCUGGCCGACUUCAACCGUGACGGCCGGGUGGACAUUGUCUACGGCAACUGGAACGGGCCGCACCGACUGUACCUGCAGAGCGGGGCCCCCGGCCGUGUCCGAUUCCGGGACAUCGCCACCCCCAAGUUCUCCAUGCCAUCCCCCGUCCGCACCGUCAUCGCAGCUGACUUCGACAACGACCAGGAGCUGGAGGUUUUCUUCAACAACAUCGCUUACCGUGGCUCCUCCGCCAACCGCCUCUUCCGGCUCAUCCGCAGGGAGCACUCAGACCCCAUCGUGGAAGAGCUGAAUCCGGGGGAUGCAUUGGAACCUGACGGACGGGGCACGGGGGGCGCAGUGACGGAUUUUGAUGGCGAUGGGAUGCUGGACCUCAUCCUGUCCCAUGGCGAGUCUAUGGCACAGCCAAUCUCCAUCUUCAUGGGCACCCAGGGCACCAGCAACAACUGGCUGCGCGUAAUCCCUCGCACCCGCUUCGGGGCCUUUGCGCGGGGGGCCAAAGUGGUGCUGUUCACGCGGCGCAGCGGGGCCCACCUGCGCAUCAUCGACGGCGGGUCGGGGUACCUCUGCGAGAUGGAGCCCGUGGCGCACUUCGGACUGGGGCAUGAUGAAGCCACCAGCCUGGAGGUGACCUGGCCAGACGGCCGGGUUGUGUCACGAGCUGUGGCCAGUAGCGAGAUCAACUCUGUCCUGGAGGUCCCCUACCCCCUGGAUGUGGAGGAACUGCUCGUGCCUGCCCCACUGGAGUGCGGGCAGGGAUUCUCCCAGCACGAGAACGGACGCUGUGUAGCUCAGGUGGCCUUUUUUGGGGGAUACCCCUCUGCUGGGAGCUGGCCUGGGCGCCCCCACAGUUCCCUCUUCCCUACAGUCCUUGGACUCUGCCUUUGUCUCUAUGCACUUUAA